UGAAGCUAACAAUGCUCUCUCCUUUCCAACCCCCACAGCCAUCCCCCACACCCCCCUACGAUGGGCUCCCAGCUCUCCAAGCAAGUCGAGCGCCGGAAGUCCAUCGCCGCCGAGAAGAAAAUACUCGCCGACCUCCUCGACUCCUCCGGCGACCAGUUCCCCGGCUCCGACUACCGCCCUCCCGAACGCAAGGCCUGGAUGUCGGCCCUCGGCCCCGAGCGCCUCCGCGUCAACCAGAUAGUCUGGCCCGGCACCCACGACUCGGCCACCGACAAGAUCGGCGUCCGCUUCGUCUCCCGCCCCUUCGCCCAGUGCCAGUCCUGCUCCAUCUACCGCCAGCUCGCCGCCGGCGCCCGCGUACUCGACGUCCGUGUCCAGCAGGACCGCCGCGUCUGCCACGGCGUCCUCACCACCUACUCCGUCGACGUCGUCAUUGACCACGUCAAACGCUUCCUCUCGGAAACCCAACAUGAGAUCAUCAUCCUCGAGGUCCGCACCGAGUUCGGCCACGACGACCCGCCGGACUUCGACAGGUACCUCGUCGACCAGCUCGGCGGCCACCUGAUCCACCAGGACGACGCCGUCUUCAGCAAAACCGUCGCCGAAUUGCUUCCGGGGAGAAUUAUAUGCGUGUGGAAGCCAACGAAGUCGCCGGCGCCGAAGCGUGGGGACCCGCUCUGGAGCAGUGGAUAUUUGAAGGACAAUUGGAUCGAUACGGAUCUGCCGAACACCAAGUUCGAGAGCAAUAUGAAGCAUUUGAGCGAGCAGCAGCCGGUGACGGUGAGGAAGUAUUUUUAUCGGGUGGAGAACACGGCGACGCCGCAGGCGGACAAUCCGGUGGUGUGCGUGAGGCCGGUGACGAAGAGGAUUCAUGGCUAUGCGAGGCUGUUCAUAUCGCAGGCGUUCAAGAGGGGGUUCGCUGAUAGGUUGCAGGUCCUCUCCACGGAUUUUAUUGAUGGGGAUUUUGUGGAUGCUUGUGCGGGGAUGACCCAUGCAAGAAUAGAAGGCAAGGCUUGAAAGAAUUUUCUUUUCCUUUUUUUUCCAACAAAAAAAGGGAGAGAACUUGAUUGGUAAGAUGGCGUGGUUUUUUUUUUUUUAUUUGUUAUUAUUAUUGUAAAUUGUGGGGGUUAUUAGAUGUUCUAUAUAUUAUUCAUAUGAAUUAGGUUGUGAUCGUUUCCUCAGUCAUGAGUUUUUUUUUUCUUGGUGGAGGGGUUUAUCUUUCCAUGGUUAUUAAAAAUUUAUCCAAUGAUAAAUCUGUUUUCCUAAAAGAAAAUGGGAAAAAAGGUUUAGAAA